UCGGUAUUAAGUUUUGAAGGGCCGGUGAGGAAAUUAAGUGGAAUGUGAAUUGCAUGGGGUGAAGAUGCCAGACUUGCGAAGAGGAGCCCAGAGAUCGAAACGCCUUGAUAUUCAACAGCCUCCCCAACCGGCUGAUCAAGCGGAGGAUUGUGUGCAGCCUGCUCAAAACCGAACCAGGAGGAGAGGAAGAGGGAGGGGUAAAGCUACAGGUAUAGCCAAAGGGCCCUCACCAGUGGUACCCACAAGGCCAACAGCGGCUGGUAGAGGCCGGGGCAUUAGGUUGAUAGAUUUAGACCCCGAGCCUUAUCAAGUUCUUCCGGCUACUGCGCCUUUGGUUGCUGCUGAGCCGGCUUUUAACCAAGUAGAGGUCGUGGCGAUAAAGAUAUUGCAUGGAGGGUAGAAGUGCUGACAAAAU